CUUGAAAUUCCUCCCCAAUCGCCAGAACUGUCCGAAGAAUUACUGAAAUCGCAUCGAAUCGGUGUUCACGAAGACAUUGACGACACGGACGGCAAAACAGCCCAAGAGGUGGAAGAGAUGAUUCGCGACAGAGAAGCCAAAGAGAGAGCGUUGGUGUUGGAAAUGGUGGGCGAUAUCCCCGACGCCGACAUAAAGCCGCCCGAAAACGUGCUGUUUGUCUGCAAACUGAAUCCAGUGACUCGUGAGGACGAUCUGGAGGUGAUAUUCUCGCGGUUCGGACCCGUUGUCAGCUGCGAAGUGAUCCGCGACCAGAAGAGCGGCGAAUCUCUUCAGUACGCGUUCGUGGAGUUCGAGAAGGAGGAGGACUGCGAAAAGGCUUACUUUAAAAUGGAUAACGUGUUGAUCGACGACCGCAGAAUUCACGUGGACUUCAGUCAAUCGGUCUCUAAAAUCAAAUGGUAUGGCAAAGGGAAAGGCGUUACGAUUACCAAAGACUUUACCGACAAAUUCAAUGAUAAACCAAAUGAAGACAAGUUUAUGCUUAAAAAGAGUGCAUUCGGACAGAGAAUGGACGCGAAGUACGAUUACGUUUAUGAUAGCCCACGAGUUGUCCACAAUCGAGAGCCACAGAGC